UUCCCCUUCCGAGCGCUUCGCCGCUCUCCCUCUCCUCCCCUUUCUUAUUCCCUCGUGAAGCUCCAUGUCUCCAUGCCUUGAUGGAUUUUUCGUGAAGGUUUCGUCGUCAGAAUCCGAUUUUGGUGGCUGACGAUGUCCCAGGCGGACGUGGUUUACAGUUGCAGCUCUUGUGGGUAUCCUUUGAAUUUAAGUUCUUCUAAUCAAGUCACAUCUGGGAUUCGAUCUGAUUGUCAAAAAUCUAGCAAAAAAGGAGUCAUUUCUUUUGUUUCUGUUGAUCUUAGUCGUUUCACUCAAGUGGAUGAGGUGAGUUGUCUUCCUAUCAUUUGCGGACGUUAUCGAUCAAAAACCAAACUUCUCUGCCGCAAAUGUGGACUCCUAAUUGGCCAUGGAUACAGUGAAUCAGCUCUUCUUUGUGGCUUUGAGCCUGCUAGCUCAACCUCUCAAAAGUAUUCAAUAAAAACACGUGCUCUACAAUCUUUGGAACAGAACUAGUUCAUCUGUUGCUCAUGUUAUAAAUAAACCAAAAAUGGAUGGUCAAUUUGAGAGGGUUAAUUUGUACCUGCCCGAUGAUUGUCUGUUAAUGAUCUUUCAGAAGCUGCAGAACAGAGCAGACCGUAAUGCAUUUGGCUUGACAUGUCAUCGUUGGCUCCAGAUUCAAAACAUUGCUCAGCGAUCAUUGGCUCUUCAGUUCUCAUAUGACCCAAAUAUAUACAGGAACUAUGUUAUUUAUCUUCCAAGGCUUUUGACUCGUUUUCCACAUCUCAGCUCAAUAUCUCUAGCAGGGUGCACAGAGCUGCCUGAUUCAGCCUUACUAAGGUUACGAGAUUUUGGGUCAAACAUUAGGUACCUGUCAUUAUAUUGUUGUUUUGGCAUCUCUGAACAUGGUCUUGCUCAUGUCUCUACAGGAUGCCCCCAUUUGGUAUCUAUUACUCUUUACCGUUGUAAUAUUACAGAUAUUGGGUUGAGAAUACUUGCCAAACAUUGCAAAGUUUUGGAGAAUAUAGAUCUAUCUUAUUGCAUGCAAAUCUCUGAUCGAGGGAUCAAUGCACUCUCGAGUGAAUGCACUAAACUCCAUUGUCUGGUGAUAUCAUACUGCAAGGCUGUAAGAGGCAUUGGUUUUGCAGGAUGUUCAUCAACUUUAACUUAUUUAGAAGCUGACUCAUGUAUGCUUACACCAGAGGGAUUGUCAGAAGCUGUUAGUGGUGGUGGGCUUGAGUACCUGAACAUCUCUAAUCCACGAAUUUGUGUAGGUGCCGAUGGCUUGGCUAUGAUUGGUGCUGGAUCUGCCACAAAGCUUCGGUACUUAAAUCUACGGAUGUGUCGGUUCGUUAGUGAUGACUCAGUGAUAGCCAUAGCACAAGGAUGCCCAUUGCUUGAGGAAUGGAGUCUUUCUGUUUGCCAUGAGGUACGCAAUGAUGGAUGGUCCACAAUUGGGUCAAGUUGUAGAAAUUUAAAAAUCUUGCAUGUCGAUCGAUGCCGAAAUCUGUGUGACCAAGGGUUGCAUGCUUUGGGAGGUUGUGUCCGUCUCACAGUGUUGUAUAUGCAUGGUUGUCAUCGUGUCAGUUACACGGGAUUGGAGACAUUCAAGAUGCUGAGGCAAGAUGUGCAGAUAAGAAGAGAGGGAUGUGUUUCGGUUGGGCCUCCCAUCAAUAAAUUUUUUGCUUAUUAAGGUGGCAUGCUGGGACUCUUUAGAAUCUAGGGAGCAUGCAUAUUUUUACCUUCUACUUGCAUGAAAUGAUGCUGAACUUCCUGAUAAGUUUGAUUGAACAGGUAUAUAUGCUAAUGAAUGAGGUCCUAAAUCGAAAUUAUUAAUAAAAUGGUACUGAAUAUGAGCCCAUUCAUAAUUCCAAUUUGAAUGCAAAGUUGAUUUGAUA